UGGGUUAGCGUCAGUUUUCUGUGAACAGCCUUCCCGCGACACCGGACCACAGGCUGUCACUUAUAAUACACAAACAUCAUCGCUUAUCUUUUCCUCCUUUUACAUUUAUACAUCUUUUUUUUAAUUUUAAAUUCAAUUUUUUUUCCCCUCUGACUCAACGGAUUGGAACCAGCCUUGUGGAGAUGUGCUGAGUGGGGAGCAUCAUCUUCCGUCAUUGGAUGCUGUGUUGUUAUUAUUAUCCCCCCCCCCCCAAACCGACAGCAAGGAGCAAAGUGCAUAGUGAAGAUAUUUCCUCGUUCUCUAUGGGAUUAAUUUCGAGGGAGUGCCUUUGUUUUGGAUAAGGACGUUUUGGAAAUCAUGAGUUCUAGUGCAGCACCUUAUCAGCAAGGCUCGACGGGUGGCGAGCGGAGUUCUGGAUCAGUCCGGUGCCAGCGUUGCCGAGAAGUGUGUAAGGGAGAAGUCGUGCGAGUCCAAGACACCCACUUUCAUGUCAAGUGCUUCACCUGCACAGUGUGCAACUGUGACCUGGCCCGCUCAGGCUUCUUCCAGAAGAAGGGCGAGUACAUCUGCACAACAGACUAUCAACGUCUGUAUGGCACGCGCUGCGACCGCUGUGAUGGUUUCAUCACAGGGGAGGUGGUUUCGGCUCUGGGACGCACUUACCACCCCAAGUGCUUUGUCUGCAGCAUUUGCAGGAACCCCUUCCCUAUCGGAGACAGAGUAACAUUCAGUGGAAAGAACUGCGUGUGCCAGCAGUGCUCACACACACUCAUUAAAUCCAACGAACCGAUCAAGAUCCAUGGGCCCAGCCACUGUGCGGGGUGCAGAGACGAGAUCAAGCAGGGUCAGUCUCUCCUGGCCUUAGAAAAACAGUGGCAUGUCAGCUGCUUUAGAUGUCAGACCUGCAACAUGGUCCUUACGGGCGAGUACAUCAGCAAAGACGGAGUGCCGUACUGUGAGGCAGACUACCACGCCCAAUAUGGGGUGAAAUGCGAGACCUGCAGCCGAUACAUCAGUGGAAGAGUUCUGGAGGCUGGGGGGAAACACUACCAUCCAACCUGCGCCCGCUGUGCCCGCUGCAACUUGAUGUUUAAAGAGGGGGAAGAGAUGUACUUGACUGGAUGUGAAGUGUGGCACCCUUUAUGUAAGCAGGCAGCUCGGGCUGAGAGGAGACUCAGGCACAGACGCCUGUCAGAGACCUCCAUCUCUCCACCAGGCUCCUCCAUUGGUUCUCCCAGCAGGGUUAUAUGCGCCAGAGUGGAGAAUGAGUUCCUAGAUUAUAAGGAACUAGCUGCUCUGCCAAAGGUCAAGGCCAUAUACGAGGUCCAGCAACCCGACCUCAUAUCCUCCUCAUACCAGCCCUACCAGAGAUACACCUCUGAUGACAGGCUAGAAACUUACAGCUAUGGGGAGUCACUCGGGACUCUCUCUCCCUAUUCUCAGGACUAUGACAGCCUGGAUAUGAAGCAAAGGCGAUGCUCCAGCCCAGGUUAUAUCGACUCUCCCACAUAUAGUCGUCAGGGCAUGUCUCCCAUCUUGCCUCGCUCUCCUCAGCACUAUGGGUACACCGGCUCUGAGAGUGGCAGGAGCUCACCUUAUUAUGGCCAAGAGGGUCGGUCAGGCACCCCUACCACAUACCAGCCCCCCAAACAUUUUCAUGUACCAGACAAUCAUGUGUACUCAGCCACUAAAAGCAGGACCAGUGAAGACAUCCUCAGAUCCUCAAGACUCUCCACCUAUUCUCCCGAGCCAUGCACACAGGCGGAGCCUGACUACUACUCAUACACCAGCUCGCCCAAAGCCUACCGUUCUCCGAGAAGGCGGUUCUCGACAGGAGGAGAUGAAGAGAGUUGGAGUCACAGUCUUCAAAGAAUCGGGAGUGGCAUCGGGAGGAUGAUCCUAAAGGAGGAGAUGAAAGCCCGAUCUGGUUCCUAUGACAACGACCCCUGGGGCAGUGCGAGGAAUUCUCGCAGCGGGAGCAAGGAAACACUCAACACUACAGGCUACAGCACCACGGCUUAUAACAACACUGUCAACGGAUCCCCUCGAUCUCACUAUAGCACUGACAGUGACUAUGUCUGUAAGUCGGCCUCUCUGCCGGGAUAUGGACGCAACGGCAUCCAACGGCCUCAAAGUGCAGACUGCUACCAGUACCAAUAUGACAGUGGCAAUGAAGUCAACUGGGGAAGUAGAGAGUACAAGAUAUAUCCAUAUGAAGCACUCAUUGUUACGACAAGAGGCCGGAAUAAACUGCCCAAAGAUGUGGACAGAGCCAGACUAGAGCGCCACCUGUCGCCAGAAGAGUUUGUCCAGGUGUUUGGGAUGACUGUGGAGGAUUUCGACCGGCUGGCACUGUGGAAGAGGAAUGAGCUAAAGAAACAGGCCCGACUCUUUUGAAAAUGCAUAGAAAGUCAAAAAAGACUGCCGCAACUAGAGCAACAGAGAGAGAGAGACCCAACUCACCAUGGGAAGUGGAAGAAAGGCGAAAUGAGAGAAAGUCUGAAGACAAAUUCUUCAGAGGUUCACUAUCGUGGCUGGCUUGACAUGGUCCCAGCUCCCCCCAUGCACAGACACAGAAAUGCUGCUCAUAUCAGUCUUGACCUUCGGAAUACACGCACACACACACACACACACACACACACACACACACGGGAAAGUCCAGAGAGACAUACUUUGAUGAGAAGCUACACUGUUCCAUUGUUAUGACCACGGCAGUGUCUUGUGCUCUUGUGUCCUCUCGCGCAGUCCAUUUAAAUGCUCAUUGACUAGACUAGCACAACCAGAUUGGUGUAUAAGCAAUAGAGAAAUGUAAACUGGGUUGCCCUGUACAGUAGCAUUGUAUGUGCUUUCCUUUUGGGACGGAGGUGGAGGAGGCUUGGCUGUGCCCCUGCUGGCUAAUGCCAAAUGUCAAUGACCAGAGCCGCUGUGUUACUACAUAAUGAGGAGAAAUUUGGCUUUGCCUUAUAAUAAUAUCAUUGUUAUGCUCUCUUAGUUAUGAGUGUGCAGCACCAGCAAUUUGAAAGAGUAGAAUGUAGAUAUUUCAUUUACGACACUUUAUCAGCGUGAAUGAGUGAAAUAAUGAACGGGUGGAUGAGAAUCACUUUGCUUUGAUUAAAAAAAUAAUAAUACAUGGAUCUAUACUGUUCAGCCCCCCCCCGGCUUUUAUGCUCUUUCACACACGAUGAUGUGCGUCCUCCUAUUCAUACAAUGAUUGUUAUUGGAAGAAAAAAAAACACAAGCAAUCUGAGAGAGAUCAAAAAGAUGUGCAGUUGUGUGUGACAUGCAUUGGUUUGUGUGGAAAUGAAAACCAAAGUUACGAUGCGAGUAUAAACAGUCUUAACACACCACUUCCAUGUCAGCUGGUCGAACAGCAGAGGAGAAUCCAUAGAUGCAGUUUAUUGUGCAACUGUUAGAUAGCCUGAAGGAAUGUCCAUUAGAAUAAACAGUAAAGGGAAACGCCACAAAUAUAGCGCCCCCAUCCCCUAGGUCCCCGUUUUAUCUGAAACUGCAAUAUGAUUGUGACAUGAUAUUUCUGAGCAGGUUGAUGAUUUUUUUUAUUAUUAUUGUUAUUUUUUAUUCACACUUACUCAAACAGCAGCCAUAUCCACAUCACAGCUGUCUUUGUUUAUCCCAUAAUUUUGGAGCUACAGAGAUUUUAUUUACUCACAACGACGCCACAAAAUAAUAACGAAAAAGGACAAAAAACAAAACAAAACAAAACGUCAACAAUAACCCAGGGGUACUGAAGAGUUUACUUUGUUUGAAUAAUGUUAUUUUGAUUUUCUCA